AUGAGAUUCCCACCCCCGGAGGUGAUAGCCUCAUGGCCGACACCAAACUACACCGACCCGGCGACCCGGGGCCCUGCCCUGAUCAUCAUCGAGUCCAUCUUCCUGGCCGUCUCCGUCGCGUGUGUUGGCCUGCGCCUCUACGUCAGAAUGGGUACCAUGAGCGCCAAGGUCGAGCUGGACGACUGGCUGAUGGUGGCUGCGGAGACCUUCGCCAUCGGCGUCACCACCUGUGUUCUCCUGGCGUACGACCGGUACGGCUGGGAUAUGCACGUCUGGGACCUCAGCAUCGACACCAUGGUUGCCGGGCGACAGAUCUCGUUUGCCGUCCAGGCGCUGUUCAUCCUGGCGACCUGUCUCGCCAAGAUCUCUAUCCUCGUCAGCUACCUACGGCUGUCGCCGAAGAACUCGCGGUUUCGACGCAUGACUUUCGUGGGUAUCUGGUGGGUUGCUCUGUCUAGCGUCACCUUCUUCAUCUUUUUAUUUGCCCAGUGCAGCCCGCUGUCGAGUUACUGGGACCUCCUGCGCAACGCGCACGACUGCACCGCGGAAGGCCCCCCGCUGAUCGCCCACGCGGCGACGACGAUCUGUUCUGACUUCCUCGUGUGGGUGCUGCCGCUGCCGUCGCUGUACCGCGCCAAGCUGCCGCUCUCGCAGCGCCUCGCGCUGAUCGUGCUCUUCAGCGUCGGGCUGCUCGUCGUCUUCGCCGCCUGCAUCCGCACCUACUGGGUGCACUACGUCGUGGACGGCACGUACGACAUCACAUGGGAGGGCUUCAACCUGUGGCUGUGGACCGCCGUCGAGGUCCAGCUGGGUGUCAUCUGCGGCUGCGUGCCGUGGCUCAAGGCGCUGGUCAAGUUCUGGCGGAGCAGGAACACUGUCGUGGAUCUCACCGACACCUGGUCCCCGACGGUGGGGCAGCGCACGCGGUCGGACAGGGGCCGGUCGAUGACGUGCGGCGAGGCGGCGGGCAGCAUUGCGGCGAGGACGGACAGUGUUGGGAAGGACGGUAACGAGUCCAGCGAAGAGUUUCCUGAUCUGGAGAGCGGAUCGAACACCGUCGUCGGAGACCAUGGAGAGGUGGGGCUGGCGGUGUGA